ACAUUUUCCAAAUUUUCUUGAAAUCAAAUUUCUUUGUGUUUUUCCAUCAAAAUAUCGCCAAAUAGUUGCAUAAUCGACCGAUAUUUGAUUCUGCCAAUAUGCCUAUACCCGCAGGUUUGCUUGCUCGUCUUCAAAAGCGAGGAAUUGCGGUAAAACAAGAAGAGAAACGACCAGAAAAGAGGCAAAAAGUGAACGAGGAAGUGGAAGAGGUCUUCGCUGAAGACUACGGCAAUGAUGAACCAUUGCUGCCGGCUUCAGCGGCCGCAGCUGGAGCCAAGGCAGCGCCAGAACCUGCUGAAGAAGAACCUGACGCAAGGGAAAUGGAAGGACCCCUCAUUCACGAAGUCAACGGCUGUCCAAACAUUACCAAUCCCUUUCACGAAUGCAACGAUUGGUGUCGGAAGAAUUGGGGGAAUAAGAAGUUCGAACCUGGUGUGGAUAUGUUGAGAAAGAAGGCGAGGAUGUUGCGGAGGUACCCGUUGCCAGAAGAUUGGUAUGAAAUUGCUGAUCCGACCACACAACGUUGUUAUUACUGGAACAGCAUCACCGAUGAAAUAUCCUGGCUGUCCCCAACUCAUCCUCGAGCUAAAAUCACGAUAGCUGAAGAUAAAAUGAGAGAUAUGGUCAGGGCAACAGAGGUACGCAUAGUGGUCGAGGAUAAGCCAGGGAGAGAAGAGAAAAUGGCUGAGGAUGAGGAGUAUGAGUUUGAGGCUCUGGAGAGUGAGAUACAAAAAGAGAAGAAACAGCGGCAGAAACUACGAGAAAAAUCAAAAGGUAAAAGAAAAAGAGACGAAGAACUUGAUCCGAUGGACCCAGCAUCUUAUUCGGAUAUUCCAAGAGGUAAUUGGUCAGCAGGCUUGGAGCAGCGUGGAGCGGCAAAAACCGGUGUGGAUACAACAGCGUCUGGACCGCUUUUCCAACAGAGGCCAUAUCCAAGUCCUGGCGACAUUCUACGGGCCAAUCGGAAAAUGGACGAUUAGAAAAUUCAGCCUUUCUGAUUCUCGGACUAAAAAUAUUGAAAUGGGCAAAUGUACAGAGUGCAGAAAGUGAAGUACGACCUCGCUAUUACAGACGCCCUUGGGACUGAUGAAUACUGUUCUUAUUAUAGAGGUGUCCUAAUAACAGAGGUUGAAUUCAAUGGAAAUAAUUUAUUUGGAGUCAAACACAGUGUCCUUAAAAGGGAGGGUGUCUUUAACAGAGAGGUUCUGCCAAGGGAGGUUCAACUGUACGUGAUUUUACUGACAACCUCAAGUUGUAUGGAAAUGCCUCUUUUGCAUUCUCGGGGGUUUGCAGUCUGGCACAUUUGCUGGGCUGAUAUUUUACAUCAAAAUUAACCCAACGUUUGUGAAGACGGCACUGUUUCCCACUUUCGCUGCUGUAGUGGAAACCAGGUCCAGUACAAUGUUUACAAUAUGACGUCACUUUUGUUUAACACUUUUACGACUCUUGACCCGCAGAGAGGUACAUAAAAUGACACCCUUACUGCACCACUGACCCGCAUUGUGGUACAAACAUUUUUUUACCUCCCACUCAGUGCGCUGAGUUAUAGUGCUGCUAUCUUUAAAUGAUAAUUGUAACUAAGGCUGAGAUCCUCAUUAAUAUCGUCUGCUAAACAUGGAGUAUGAAUGGGAUCAAAAGUGUGGCUAUCAGCGCAGUUCUUCCGGUAUGAUAGUGACCAAAAUGGCUGUAACAAAAGGGUUAAAAAAGAUAAGUUCAUCUUUGGCAUUUAAAUGGGUCUAGCAUAGUUUGUGUAGGCUCCUUGUCUGUGGUGUACAUUUCAGAUAAAGAAGACGAGAUAAACUGCCAUGCAAAACAAUGUUUCUGUAAAUAAAGUAAAUUUUAAGGAAACUGU